CGAUCGAUUUAUUGAAGAGAAGACCCUCUUAUUGGCUGUCCGCUCUUUUGUGUUCUUUUCUCAGUUAAGUGCUUGGCUGAGUGUGUCACACGGAGCUGUGCCUCGUAAUAUUCUUUGCAGAGUGAGUGCCGCUCAUGUGGAUCUGCAGUGGACAUUUUCCCAGACACCAACAGAACAUCUUUUCCCUGUCCCCAAUAUUUCUCACAAUGUGGCCUUGAAAGUCAGUGUCCAAUCUUUGCCCAGACAAUCGAACUACCCAGUUCUGACCUGCAGCAUUCAUGCUAACUUUGGCUUCUAUGAAAACAGAAGAGAAGAGACUAACGUACAUCAGCGCUGUGAUUCCAUGAAGACCGAACAACCUAGUGUGGCCAACUCUCAACGUCCUUGUGGCAAACUAAUGUGGGCUGAAAGCAUGCUUGGCGUAAAGCAAGGCCCUGAGUUUAACCCUGCUGUCAGGAACCUGAAACUGUAUCCCUUAGCUGGCCUUGGAUCUGACUUUGGAUCGUUAGAAUCGAAAGUUCAUGGCUACCCAGCUGCUGUGGAGAACAGGGAGCUGUUGCCAGAAACGCCAGAGGGAGCUUUGAAAUUAUCUUGCUUGGCUGAUACCCGUGGCCAUAACAGCAACCCUUCCCACCAGUCCCUGGGAGAUUCGUUUCCUUUGAUAGGCUCUUUACUCCAAGAGCGCCAUGAAGUUAUAGCAAGGAUCGCCCAGCAUCUCAUUCACUGUGAUCCGGCAGCAUCCCCUGUCACGAGGAAGGCUUUUAGCACCAAUGAAACCGGUGUGGCAAACCCCAAGGGUCUACGUCACGCCCCCGAAGAGAAAAACUUGCCGAAGAAAGGAAGGGAAUUGCCCUCCGUUGCUGCUAACUUGGAACACAACACUUCAGAAAAUGUUGGGAAAGUCCAGCUGAUACCAGAAACACCCUUGUCUUGUUCCUACAUCCCCCUGAACCCGUGUUUCCACCAGGCGAGAGAGGAGACCAACCCUCUCAUAAGCUCUUUACUUCAAGAGAGGCAGGAGGUUAUCACAAGGAUUGCCCGGCACUUGAUUCAUUGUGAUCCCCCGCGAUCACAAGGUGCGUCUCCUGUGUUCACUUUUCACGAUGUCAGUGCAGUUAAUCCGAAGGCUUUUCACAGUUCCUGCAAAGAGGACGGCCUGCUGAAGAAAAGCAAAGAUGUCCCUUCCGAUUCCUUCUCCAAUUCCAGAUUGGCUUUACCAUCAGAUGACCCCAAGACAAAACUUAAAACAGCAACAACUCCAUUGCAUUCGCCUAGAUGUGACGCAGACCAUAACGUAUCGCCCAGCUUUAGAAGAAAACUGCUGCUAGCAGAGACCAAUGAAGUAGUCCAAAACACAUUUCAUCAGUCUCCUCCUAGUAGAAGUCAAAGUCCUCUAAGUUGCACGACCCAAUCAUGUAACAAAGAAGGUUGUAAGUCGGAACUGACAGAUAAAUUGGUGUCUGUGCUUUCUGGUUGUCCCCAUAAACCUCAAGUAGCAAAGAGGGGCACCGCCAAGCCGUGUUCACAUUUCAGAUGUAGUAACGAACUGGUUUGUAGAAGUAAAUUUAAGGACAGAACGAUCUUUUGUAAAAAUAGCGACCCACACUGUUCAAAUAAUCCCCAUGUGGAUCAGCACCGAAUACUUGAAAACGUUAAAGCGGCUACAGUGCCAGCAUCUGACGGCUGGCACAAAUAUGAGUCCAGGCACUUAAAUAAAGACUCCAAACAACCAAAUGUUUCUGAACAAAACUCUCAGCUCACUAGUAUCGAAAACUAUUUACAUAAAGACCAUGACAUUUCCAAAUGCAAAAGCAAACAAGACAGGGUGAAAAAUGCCAACGAUGAGAACGAGGAGCCAACCGACUAUGAGGUACAGAAGCAUUGUCAGAAGAAGCCUGUAGAAGAUUCCUUGGCUGCUUUUUUUGAACAAAGGAAGAAUGCAGAGGUGCUGAAAACAAUACCACUCAAACACGUGUGGCGCAAAAGUAAUUUUCACCACUUGGAUAGGACUUCUACCAAGGCCUUCCACCCCCGGACUGGAUUACCUCUCCUUUCAAGUCCAGUUCCUGAAAGAAAAACACAGACAGGAUGCUUUGAUCUUGAUGCAUCAUUAUUGCGUCUGAAAUGUUUGUCCUCCAAAAGUCCACAAAGAUAUAUAAGCAAAGAGAACGAUUCUGACAUCCAUGAGAAAGCACUCCUAAGUUCCAGUGCACCAUCUGUUACAAGUCUUAGCCUUCUUGGAAACUUUGAGGAAUCUGUACUGAACUAUCGCUUAGAUCCGCUGGGUAUUGUAGGCGGCUUCACAGCUGAAGUGGGAGCAAGUGGACUUUUCUGUCCAACUCACAUGACUCUUCCCGUUGAAGUUUCUUUUUACAGCGUUUCUGAGGACAACGCGCCCUCUCCGUACAUGGGUGUAAUCACUUUAGAGUCCCUUGGUAAAAGGGGUUAUCGGGUACCUCCUUCAGGAACAAUACAAGUGACCUUAUUUAAUCCUAACAAGACUGUGGUGAAGAUGUUUGUGGUGACCUAUGACUUACGAGAGAUGCCUGCCAAUCACCAGACAUUCCUGCGGCAAAGAACUUUUUCUGUCCCUGUGAAGCGAGAAACAAGGAAAAGCAUCAUUCAACAAAAUACUCGACAUACUGAAGAGAGACUAUUACGCUACCUCAUUCAUCUGAGGUUCCAGAGUUCCAAGUCUGGAAAGAUCUACCUCUACAGAGACGUAAGACUUCUGUUUUCCCGAAAAUCUAUGGAAGUGGACAGUGGCGCUGCAUACGAACUCAAAUCUUACACUGAAUCUCCAAUGAAUCCUCAGUUUUCACCCCGGUGUUAGCAAAACACAACCGUGAAACUAUUUCCUCAAUGACCAGAUUAUUAUUCAAGACAAAACAAUAAAAUAUCCUGUGCAAAACCUGAAUCACGGAGGUAGUGAGAAGGAUGGUCAGAUGGGAGUCAGAACCUCUUGGACCAAUUCAGAAAAGUUUUUAGAAUGAGCUUUGUGUAUUCUGAAUAGACUGGAACACACUUAGUCGUAACCUUUUUUAUACUCGUUUUAAACCACUUCAUUGGAUGUGUUGCAAUAGCAGAGUCCCAAAUUAGUUUAGUGUUUACACUUUAUUUUUUAUUUUUUUGGGCUAUUUAAUAUUUAAUGUUCCUUUCACUUAAGUGAUGUUUGUCUUUACUGUUCUAAUGUAGCACAAAUCCGAUGUAAAAUCAUACUACAUAUUUUUGACAUUAAUAUUGAAAUCUUGAAAUAUAUACAGAACCUUUACUUUGAUGCGUGAUGUGUUUUUCAGUGACUCAACGCGCUUAGAAUAAAGAUGGGAUUUUUGAACUUCUGUUAUAUUAUACUAUGCAGAGGAUGUGGGAGGAUUGUGUGUGUCUUUUCCAUUGCUCAUUUCUUUCCAUGCUUAAUUUCCAUGAUGAACACAAAAUCAUACUACCAAAAGAAAAAAAUGUUUUGAUUACUCGUGGUUAAGUCGACUCAUAAUUAGCACUUCCUUUCCUCUUGAAAGGUUUCUCCUCAAGCAUUUCACUUUAUCCUAAUAGAUACCCCACAUUUG